UCGAAGAACAAGAGAAGUUAUUUUUUCGAUUGGAUUAUAUCAAUCUUUCCUGCUCAGUAGGCUUGUCUGGUUUUUCUAAUAUUUGAUAUAUACAUAUAUAUGUAUAUGUAUAUAUAUAUAUAUAUAUAUAUAUAAAUAAUCUUCGAAAGAUAUCUUUCAUUGCUCCAUAAGAUAUUAAGAGAAAAUAUUGUGUAUAAAUUGUUCAAGGGUAAUGAUAAAAUCUAUUCCAUUCAAUUAAUAUUUACACCACCAUCAUCACAUCAAAUACGCACAAGAGCACAUUUGUGUGCAUAAAAAGUGGAUAGUAAAUGACAUAGAGUCACAAAUGAAGAUGGACGAGAAUGAUCAAGAUGUAAAAAGUCCAAUGAAGCGAGUUGGCUCCACGAGAAAGGUUUUUCUCUUCAAUAAUAUACGACAACAAUUAAACGAACAUCUGCGAUGUCUAGACGUUCGAGUAGAAUCGCAGGUAUGUUUGAUACAGGAGCUGCAAGAUUUAUUCCGGCGACGAGGUGAAUUGGAAAUGGAAUAUAGUAAGAACUUGGAUAAGUUGGUACGCAGUUUACAUGCCAGACAUAAGGAGCAAAAACAAAAAAGAGAACAGUGGCAUAUUUUUUCAGCUUUCGCCUGUUGGUCACACUUAUUAGAUCAGACACAAUCACUGAGCAAGGAUCACGCCACAUUGUCCGAAAUGUAUUCUAUAAACAUGGUGUCGUCGCUGCAAAGUAUCAUCGAAGAUGUACAACGUAUUUACAAGAAGUGUAGGGCCAUAGGUUAUGAUAUUCAUGAAGAAAUAUUACGGGUUUUGGAGGAAUUAUAUGCAACGAUGAAAACCUAUCAGAAGUACGAGACGGAGUGGAAAGCUGUUGAAGUGAAAUUAAUCACAGCGGAAGCACAGCAGUUAAAAUUAGAACAAACUAUACAGAAAGAAAAAUUGCAUAGCAGCAAAAAGUAUAGAAUGAUAGAAAAAGAAGUUUUAAAAAGACGCACAAAAUACACCGAUGCUCGUAUGAAGGCAUUAAAAGCAAAAAGCGAGUACCAAUUAUGCUUAGAAUCGUCUAAUACCACCAUUCACAAAUAUUUUACGGAUGACUUAAGCGAUUUGAUUGAUUGUAUGGACCUAGGUUUUAGUUCUAUGAUAUCUCGAUGCUUAAUUAUGCACGUUACUGCCGACCAAGGCAGAGCACAAUCCAUUCUAAGCCAAGCAGACAGUUUGGCUCAUGUUGUACAUCUUAUUGAUAGCCAACAAGACAAGCAGAAAUUCCUGGAACAAUAUCAUGCUGCAUUCAUGAUACCCAAGCGUUUUGAGUUCCAAGGCCAAUUCAAUGAUGAUGCUUUGGAACAAAAUGUUCAGAAGGAAUUGUUUGUAGAUAUGGAGAACAGGCUGCACUUAAUUAGUAAACGUUUAUCAGCACUGCGCACCGAGUCUGAUGAGAUUUGGAAAACUUUAGAAGUGGCUGAGGUUAAACUGUUAGAACAUUUUAACAAUAAAGACUGUGAUGUAAGCCUUGCGUUCAUUGAGCAUAAAAAAAGCAUUUUGCAAAAGAAUGCUGCCGCAAUAGCUGCAAAUCCCAAACUUAAAGCUGAAAAAGAGGAGGUUGAAGACUUUUACAUUAGUAAAAUACGUGAAUACAUUCGUGGUACGUCGCGGAUAGCGCGCUUGGACGCAAAGGCCAAAUAUUUAAGGGAAAUGUUAACGCACAAUAAUGCCACUUUUAUGCGGGAAAUUCUUGAGCAUCCAAUUAAUAACAAGCGUAAAAGAAUUGGUCGCAAAAAUCUAACCGGACGUCCCAAAUUAUUUGGAGGCUCUUUAGAAGAGUAUUUGGAAUCAACUGGGGAAGAGAUACCGUUAAUAUUAAGAAGCUGUAUACGCGUUAUAAAUCUAUAUGGUCUACAUCAUCAAGGAAUAUUCCGAGUGUCGGGAUCUCAAGUUGAAAUAAGUAACUUUAAGGAGGCCUUUGAGCGUGGAGAAGAUCCUAUGGCAGAUACUACAGAUGCUUCUGAUAUUAAUUCCGUAGCUGGCGUAUUAAAACUUUAUUUGCGUGAACUUAGAGUGCCAUUGUUUCCGAAAUUUUAUUUUGAAAGCUUCAUAUCUAUAGCCGAGACGCCCACGAAAGUUGACAUGGUGAGAGGUAUACGCCAAUUCUUACAGAAUUUACCUAACUGCGUAGUAAUUGUCAUACGUUAUUUGUUCGCUUUCCUUAAUCAUUUGUCCGAGUAUGCUGAUGAAAAUAUGAUGGAUGCCUACAAUUUAGCCAUCUGCUUUGGCCCUACGUUAAUGCCAGCCCCAGAAGAUAAAGACCAGGUGCAGUGCCAAAAUCAGAUCAACGAACUUAUCAAAAAUAUGAUUAUCUACCACGAUGAGUUGUUUCCUAAGGAAUUAGGUGGGCUCGAGUACGAAAAAUAUAUAUCCCAUCACACUUUAGAUAUGGACGUAGGCGAUUCACCAUCAGAAGUUUUAACAGAAGAUCCAGAAUCGGACGCUUAUCCAUCUGAAGAUGAAUCUGAAAUUCUUGAGGCCAUGGCACAAUUCGAUUUUAAUGCUCGUUCUAAUCGGGAAUUAUCGCUAACAAAGGGAGAUUGCAUUAUUCUGCGUAAACAGGUGUCAAAUGAUUGGUGGCAGGGAUCAAUUAAUGGCAAAGAAGGUCUUGUCCCGGACAAAUACAUAUCGCUUAAGCUUAAAGACGAAGUGAGAUCAACAAAAAAUACAAUGUCCUUGGAACAAUUGUAUUUAGAGAACACUUGCUCCACUUCGUCAUCAUCUAUGUUAGACAAUAAAGAUUUGGCAAAGUACGUCAAUGAUGUUUAUUUUGCCACCUUCUCAUCAGGUGGUGGAAUUAAUAGUAGUGUUAUCAACGGUAAUAGCAUAACUGGUGGUAAUGGUGGUGUUGCUGGUGAAACAACAAUGACCAUAGACGAAUCUCAUGUACUACUAAAUCAUCAUUCAUCUUCCAAUGCAACUGCUACUGCAACUAAUACCAAUAAAUCGACGCAUUUGCAAAAAGUUAAACAAUAUCACGACGAACCACAUUCCUUUGAGAGUGCAAUUGAAUUCCAAAAUGCUUAUGACGAGCAGACUGAAAAAUUCGAGACUACCGUAUAAAACAUAACAUGCAAAAGCAAUACUCUCUUGACGAAAAAAAAAAUAUCAACCAAUGCAAAAAGUCAUUGAUUUUUAUCUUCCUUUUUUUUUUUUUUUUCGUGCAAAGCGGAAAAUCACUACCAUUGAAAUAGAGAGAGAUAAAUGUUGCAGGAAUAUUAUUUAUUUCGUGAAUCCUCGAAUUAUUACUCAGUCGCCUGCGUUAGGAUCGUUACUAUAGUAGUCAAAAUUUCAAUUCGAUUAGGUAUAAAUGAAAGCAAAAGUACUGCUAUAAUUAAGAAAUUAUAUGAAUGAAUGUUCGCUUAUGUAAAAUUACAAAGAUUUUUAUGCAGAUACAAUUCUUAGCCUUUAGCAAAUAAUCUGCAGAAAAUUUCCUUUCAUAAGGAAAAUGCGUAAAUGGCUAUUUAUAUGUUUUUAUUUUAUUUUGCUUUUCUUUCGCGCUCGACUUAUGUUAAGUAACAUAUCAUUACCAUGAUACAUGUUUAUUGUUUCAAUUGGCUUGUCUGAUAAAAAUAACUUGUAUAGAUCUUUUUUUUAUUUUUUUUUUUUUAAAUUCAUUAAAUGUAGUAACGACUCACUAUCACUUUUGUUUUAUAACUUAUUCAUGCGCUUUCCGGAUAUGUUUAAAUAUAAUCUGAAUUGCUAUAGGAGUCUUUUUAGAAUCUUCUGUUUUUUUCACUGACAGUAAUUCGGACCCAUUCAUAGAGAAGAAGGAUUUUUUUUUUCUUGUAAAUAAUAGUCUUAGAAAUUGAUAGGUGCAGAAGUGUAUGUAUAUAUAAAGUCUACCCUCCCCCCCCUCAA